GAAACCUGUCUGGUGCCAGGUUUGAAACCGUUCACACUGUACCAGAUCAGGUACUCUGUUAUAGAACACUCUGGUAUGAGUGACUUCAGCAAGGUCAUCGAGGUCAAGACCCUGAGAUCCCCACCUGAACAGCUGUUUGUGAAUCAUCUAGACAAGGAAACCGUCAAAGUGACUUGGCUCCAGCCUGAGUGUGAAGACGGUGCCUCUGUACUCCACUACAAAGUAGACUAUAAAGAGGCAGGACUGGAGGGCUGGUCUACCAUGGUAACAGAGGGACCUGAAUGUAAAUGCAUCAUAACUCUGAACCUCAGUACCUGCUACAGAGUCAGAGUGUCAGCUGUCUAUGGAGAAGGAGACACCAGUGAACCCAGCAGAGAGACAGAUGUCCCAGUCAAUGUGUGGUCUAUAGACCUCAGAAAGAGAAAGGCCUCCCUCCUCCUAGAAGUGCUGAAACUCCAACCAGAGAAGAAACCAGUAGAGCUGAAGGGCUGGUCAGAUGAAGAGAGUGAAGUGAGGAGUUUCCUUCAGUGUCUGUCCUACAUCUCACAGCUGAGGUGAGUCUGAACAUGUGUGGUGGUUAGUGAUCAUGUGAUGCUAGUGGUUAUUAUCUUGUAGAAACAUUUGACAUAUAAAACUUCAAGUGUUGGUAAAUCUUGUUGCGGUAUUGUUAGAGAGGGGUAAAGGUAAAGAUUUUGUUUGUGCGCCAGGCAAGAAGAGAGAGGGAAGAGAGAGAGAAUAGAUAG